AUGAACCCAUCCGCUUGCAAAGGACAAUCCGGCAGGAGGACCUCUAUCCCAAAUCCUGGGGGCACCCCCCCUCCUUACCAAAAAAAGUGGCGGGAAGGAACCCGCGCGACCGAAACACGUGGACAGCGAAGCCGUGCUGAAAUUCCACAAUUAACCACGCAAAGAUACGUGGACACCGCCAGAAAUGGCGCACUUCAAGCUCACGGUGAUCGUGACGCUUAUUUUAUAACUAAAAACACAAAAAACCACGGCGGAAUGCCGGUAAAACAAAAUUUUAACACCGCACCUCUCACAGUUGAAAAGUGGGAAUGCGGACCAAAAAAACUAAACUAUUUAUAUUCAGAGGAAGAACUUUCCUCACCCAGAGAGCGGGCGAACAGCCAACACCUUAAACGUAAUGUAAAUGUGGAAACAGGAUCCACAACAAACGGACAGCGCAGCCACGCUGUAAUUCAGAAAUACGCUGAUGUCGUCAUAAACGGCGUAUUUCGAGGUCACGGUGAUCGUGACUUUUAUUUAAAAAACAAAAACGACAAGGAACAAGACGGAAUGCCGUUAAAACAAGUCUUUAACACCGCACCUCUCACAGUUGAAAAGUUGGGAAGCGGACCUAAAAAGUCUAAUUAUUUAUUUUCCGAGGAAGAAUAUUCCUCACCCAGAAAACGGGCCAGAAGCCAACAAGAUAACGAUAACUUAAACGUGGAAACAAAAUCCACAACAAACGGACAGCGCAGCCACGCUGUAAUUCCGAAAUACGCUGAUGUCGUCAUAAACGGCGUAUUUCGAGGUCACGGUGAUCGUGACUUUUAUUUAAAAAACAAAAACGAUAAGGAACACGGCGGAAUGCCGGUAAAAAAAGUUUUUAACACCGCACCUCCCACGGUUGAAAAGUUGGGAAGCGUGCCAAAAAAAUUUAAUUAUUUAUAUUCCGAGGAAGAACUUUCCUCACCCAGAGAGCGGGCUGACAGCCAACACCUUAAAUUUAACGUAAAUGUGGAAACAGGAUCCACAACAAACAGACAGCGCAGCCACGCUGUAAUUCCGAAAUACGCUGAUGUCGUCAGAAACGGCGUAUUUCGAGGUCACGGUGAUCGUGACUUUUAUUUAAAAAACAAAAACGAUAAAGAACACGGCGGAAUGCCGGUAAAAAAAGUUUUUAACACCGCACCUCCCACAGUUGAAAAGUUGGGAAGCGGACCUAAAAAUGUUAAUUAUUUAUUUUCCGAGGAAGAACUUUCCUCACCCAGAGAGCGGGCGAACAGCCAACACCUUAAACGUAAUGUAAAUGUGGAAACAGGAUCCACAACAAACGGACAGCGCAGCCACGCUGUAAUUCAGAAAUACGCUGAUGUCGUCAUAAACGGCGUAUUUCGAGGUCACGGUGAUCGUGACUUUUAUUUAAAAAAGAAAAACGAUAAGGAACACGGCGGAAUGCCGGUAAAAAAAGUUUUUAACACCGCACCUCCCACGGUUGAAAAGUUGGGAAGCGUGCCAAAAAAAUUUAAUUAUUUAUAUUCCGAGGAAGAACUUUCCUCACCCAGAGAGCGGGCUGACAGCCAACACCUUAAACGUAAUGUAAAUGUGGAAACAGGAUCCACAACAAACGGACAGCGCAGCCACGCUGUAAUUCAGAAAUACGCUGAUGUCGUCAGAAACGGCGUAUUUCAAGGUCACGGUGAUCGUGACUUUUAUUUAAAAAACAAAAACGACAAGGAACACGGCGGAAUGCCGUUAAAACAAGUCUUUAACACCGCAUCUCCCACAGUUCAAAAGUUGGGAAGCGGACCUAAAAAGUCUAAUUAUUUAUAUUCCGAGGAAGAAUAUUCCUCACCCAGAAAACGGGCCAGAAGCCAACAAGAUAACGAUAACUUAAACGUGGAAACAAAAUCCACAACAAACGGACAGCGCAGCCACGCUGUAAUUCAGAAAUACGCUGAUGUCGUCAGAAACGGCGUAUUUCGAGGUCACGGUGAUCGUGACUUUUAUUUAAAAAACAAAAACGACAAGGAACACGGCGGAAUGCCGUUAAAACAAGUCUUUAACACCGCACCUCCCACGGUUGAAAAGUUGGGAAGCGUGCCAAAAAAAUUUAAUUAUUUAUAUUCCGAGGAAGAACUUUCCUCACCCAGAGAGCGGGCUGACAGCCAACACCUUAAACGUAAUGUAAAUGUGGAAACAGGAUCCACAACAAACGGACAGCGCAGCCACGCUGUAAUUCCGAAAUACGCUGAUGUCGUCAGAAACGGCGUAUUUCGAGGUCACGGUGAUCGUGACUUUUAUUUAAAAAAGAAAAACGAUAAGGAACACGGCGGAAUGCCGGUAAAAAAAGUUUUUAACACCGCACCUCCCACAGUUGAAAAGUUGGGAAGCGGACCAAAAAAUGCUAAUUAUUUAUUUUCCGAGGAAGAACUUUCCUCACCCAGAGAGCGGGCGAACAGCCAACACCUUAAAAUUAAUAUAAAGACGCAAACAGGGGCCACAACACACGCACGCCUUUCACACCCGGCCGGGAAAAGGAUCGCGGAGCCGUGGCUCCCACAAUUCGAUGAACUCCAGGGAGCCUUCGAGCUGGCGAAAACACUCGACACAGCCAUCGUCGAGCACACCGAUCUGGCUGGGAAACUGUUCGCCAGACACACCGCCAUGCUCAAGCGACAUUUCGAGUGGGCGAAUCCUAUCCACAGCAGCUUCUAUUACUGCACAGCUGUGGAUGUCAACGGAGCCGGUUGCACAUACGCAAACGACUCCGAAAAGGCGGUCCAGGACCACAUUCGCGAGCGCCACCCCGGGUCCGGAGCAACACCACGACGAUUCGGAAUGUCACCAUUCCACGGCGGCAUGGCGACAAUCGGGCCGUCGUGCUCGAUAACGGCCGCCGUCGCCGCUGUCUGCACGAUGCCGGGAAUCCCGGACAUCGAUGCAACUCUCCUCCGAGCCUUCCGCGGAUCCACGGCCGACACCGCGCGGGAGGUGAUCGGAGCACUCGGCCUCCAGCUUCCCACCUCACCGGGAUGGGCCCUGGAGAAACUCACGGCACAGGACGACGCCAUCAGACGCACCUUCGCCGCCACGGCGCGCCAAGACAUCUACUGUUCCUGGUGCGGUGAAACGGAAGAGGGACAGCCAGAACCACAGAUAGCAACUGUGACCUACGAGGCGCCGGCCGGCGGCCUCCCAGGCACCACGGCGACCGCUAUCAGCGAGGCAUUCGGCCACGUAUCGGCCAACUUGCCUCACCACUGCCCGGCUUGCCGCACCGAAGGCGCCACUCUAUCUGCACUGUCGGUUUUUCUCUUCGGAGAAGCCGUGGCAAUCACAGUCAUACCGCCAGCUGGAAACCAGAAAGCGGUAGGUCUGCCGGAAUUGCCGCUGGAGGUGAUGCUCCCGACGGCGCUCUUCAGCCAGAACCCCUAUAAACUCCACGCCGCGAUCUGCGCCACGACGUCGAAGCACGUGGUCGCAUACGUCCUGUGCCGGGAAGAUGGGAAGGAGCAAUGGCACCGCUACGACGGCACCGUUCACGACACAGACGUGCCGCCGCCAGACCCAGCCACCAUCGACACCCUGAUCUUCACACGCGCUCCCUACAAGCCGGCCGGCGAGGGAGACAACGAGGAGGACACAGGCACCCACCCAGUCAGGCCAACGCGGCCAACAGCACCGCCACCGCCACCGUCACGCGACCCGUGGGGCCGCACAACCUACGGCAUGCACCCGGACAUCGCGGAGCAAGAGGAGGAAGACACCGGGAUCGCACCCAGGCCGGCCGAGCCACGGACGGAGACACACACACCACCCAGCCAGCCACCCGACACCGAAAGGGAGGGAGAGGAGAGCGACACGACCGAGAGCGUGCACACGGAGCCCGACCAGGCCGCCGAGGACGUGUCACAAACCUCCGACGAGGCACGGCACCGAUUUCGCCACGGCGAGAACACGGCAGCACAGCAGACCGGGACGAUCCACUGCCCGGUCUGCCCGCGCACAUGGACAUCGCGCGCCCGCCGGCAACAGCAGACCAGCCACCUUAACACCACCCACGCCAGGGAGGUGGUGAGGGUGGACGCGCUGAAGGCCACCGGGGUAGACCGUUGCCUCUCGUGCGGCGAGUUCGUCAUCGCGUCCGGAAACGCGCGACGAGCACACGGCCGGAAAUGCGGCGAGUUCGUCACCAGGGCGGUCCGCAACCAGAAGCGCGCCCGGACAGAGCAGAGCACACCCCGGCAGGACGCAGGGAUGGAGCCCACUCCGGAGACACCGCCACCACCGACACGCCACCGCACCAGACCCACGGAGGCCGACGCCGAGUGGGUGCAGGAGUUUCCCGCCACGAUCCGGACACUCCGGAAGCAGGAAUGGGGACACUGGGCCGAGGCGGUCGGCCACACCCUCCUCGGCUACACCGCGGCGGCCGCCGCGGGACGCUACCAGCGCCAGAUGGCGCUUACCGAGCUGGUGCGCACUCGCCUCGCCAAACCGCGCGCACCAGCACGGGAGGAGGACGAGAGCCACCAAGAGGAACCCAGCGAGACGCCCAGGGAGGGAGAAAGAGACGAGCCGUACACGGGCCACGCCGGCGCCACACGGCGAGCCAACACGGAGGAGCACCUUCCCACCAGAGACGCGCACACCGCUGAGGAACGCCGCGCGCGCCGCAUCCUCCACCAACUCUCGCUAGGAGCCGUCGGAAAGGCGGCGCGCACGCUGUUCCAGGCACAGCUCCCACGCGCGCGCGCCAGCGAGGCACUGGACCAGCUCCGCGCGCUUCACCCGCAGGAAGACCCAGCGGGGUACCCGUGCCCACCACAGACACCUUUUCCCCACGGCCUAAAGCCGGAGAAGGUCAGGAACGUGGUGCUGAAACGGCUCGGCCGAGCUGCCGCACCGGGGCUCGACGGAUGGACCCGAGAACUGCUCGUUCCCGUGGUCGAAAAUGCGGCGCUCCUGGCGGAGACGACCGCACUGAUGCAAGACAUCCUCGCCGGGAACGUGUCGGCGUCCUUCGCGUUCCGCCUCCGCGCGUGCGUCGUCCACCCGUUCCUGAAAGAACCGGGGUCGCCGAAGGUCCGGCCAAUCACGCCGGAGUCGGUGUGGCUGAAAAUCGCCUCGCACCUCGCGCUGGACGCGGUGGAAAAGCCGUUCCGCGACAUCUUCCAGGGAUGGCAAUUCGGUGUGUGGGGCGACGCCGCCGAGGCGGUCGCCCAGAUCCGGGAGACGUACGCGAGCGAGUCGGCCGACACGCUCGUCGCGCUAGACGCGACCAACGCGUACAACCGCGUCUCCCGCGCAUGGGUGCUGAGGGCGGCGUUCCGCCACCACGCCCUCCGCCACACGUUCGGGGUGGUAGACCUUUCCCUCGGGGAGCCGGGCGCCCUUGGCGUCUACGAGGGCGGCCGCCGGGUAGAGCAACUCUGGUCGACGCGCGGCGUCCGCCAGGGCAUGGUGCUCAGUCCCCUUCUCUUCGCCACCGCCGUGGCCGAGACACUGCGGCCGAUUAUGGCGGCGCACCCGCUCGCCAAAGUGACGGCGUACCUCGACGACCUGACCGUCGUCGGUCCACGGGCGGCAGUCCAGGCAUUCCUGGACGAGGCGGGGCCGGCGCUCGCGGCCACCGG